AUGGAAUGGCUGGCGACCAAAGGGAAUCGCCACCGGCUCUUGAUCGCCCUCUACAUCCUCGCGAUGCUCCAGUGGUCCGGAAAUGCGCUCAUCUCCUAUUACUUGGCCAUUGUCCUCCACUCCAUUGGCAUUACAAACCACAAGACCCAGCUCAUCCUCAACGUAUGCCUGUCUCUGUGGAGCUUUCUCUCUGCCUGCGCCGCUGCCUUGCUGAUCGACAAGGCCGGGCGUUGUCGUUUGUACCUCACCGGCAUGGUAUCCAUGGGAGUCUCGUACAUCAUCUGGACCAUCUGCUCCGCCAUCAACCAGGAAAAGGACUUCAAACAAAAGGGAUACGCCGCCGCCGUCCUUUUGAUGAUCUUCAUAUACACGGCGUGCUACCACAUGGUGGCACACAUUUCACCCACCUACAUCAUGGAAGUUGUGCCUUAUACUCUCCGAGCCAAGGCCUCCAUGCUUUACCAGUUGAGCAGCAAUCUGGUGGGCAUUUACAACGCGUUUGUCAACCCUGUGGCCAUGGGGGCUCUGGAGUGGAAGUACUAUAUCGUCUGGUGCGUCCUCAUCGCCGUGCACCUCACCUUCAUCUAUUUCUUCUGCCCGGAGACCGUGGGCCGAGCUUCAGAAGAAGUGGCUGAGAUCUUCGAUGGACCAGACGCGCUGUCAGGAGUCAAUGCCAUUCGCGUGAUGAGGCUGGAUACUCACCCGGAGAACGCCCUGGAGCUUUCAGAUCAGGAAGCCGUCGAAAUUGGAAAAGAUGUCAUCCCUGUCCAACAGAUUGAAAAGGCCUGA